CUUGCUUUGCGUCCCUUUCACUCCUGUCAUGUUAAGAGUUUUCCAGAGAACAUCAAGGCUGAGUAGAGCUCCAAGACACCCGUGCAUCCAAAGUGCUGCRUCACCUACAGCUCAGUUUUUACCUGUAGACCUCCAGAGUCCUCUCCCCGUCUGGGGCUCUGCUCAGUUCAAGGUCUUUUGUCAGAAUCUGCACAAAGAAACAGAUGGACACAGACCAUCGCCCGCUGCAGCUCCAGAGAGACGGCCUUUCUCCAGACUAUCUGGGGAAGAUCUGGACUAUUUCAGGACCAUCCUGCCGGGCAGAACCAUCACUGACCCCGACCUGGUGGAGUCCAGUAAUGUGGACUGGCUGAAGUCUGUGAGAGGGUCGAGUGAAGUCGUACUGAGACCUCAGACAACAGAGGAAGUAUCACAGAUUCUCAGGUACUGUAACAAAGGAAACCUGGCAGUGAACCCUCAGGGAGGUAAUACAGGGCUGGUGGGUGGAAGUGUGCCGGUUUAUGACGAGAUCAUCCUCUCCACCUCUCUUAUGAACAACAUACUUUCUUUUGAUAACAUCUCUGGUGUUCUUACCUGUCAGGCAGGCUGUGUCUUGGAGAACUUGUCUCAGUUUCUGGAGGAGCAAGACCACAUCAUGCCGCUGGAUCUAGGGGCCAAAGGCAGUUGUCAGAUCGGGGGCAACGUGGCAACGAAUGCCGGCGGGCUGCGGCUGCUGCGAUACGGCUCGUUGCACGGCACRGUGCUGGGCCUUGAAGUGGUGCUGGCAGGAGGACAGGUGCUGGACUGCUUGGCCACACUGCGAAAAGAUAACACAGGUUACGACCUGAAACAGCUCUUCAUCGGCUCAGAAGGCACUUUGGGAGUCAUCACCGCCGUCUCCAUCCUCUGUCCGCGAAAACCCAAAUCUGUGAAUGUGGUUUUCUUGGGAUGUGAGACCUUCGAGCAGCUGCUGAGGGCCUUUCAGCUGUGCAGAGGCAUGCUGGGAGAAAUUCUGUCAGCCUUCGAGUUCCUCGACAGCGAAUGCAUGAGGCUGCUGAAAACGCACCUCAAACUGACCAAUCCCAUCUCUGACUGCCCGUUCUACAUCCUCAUAGAAACAUCUGGAUCUGAUCCGAGUCACGACGAGCAGAAGCUUCACAACUUUCUGGAGGAAGCGAUGACGUCGUUACUCGUUUCUGAUGGAACUGUAGCGACCGAGGAGUCAAAAAUAAAGGCUCUGUGGUCGAUGCGUGAACGCGUCACAGAGGCUCUGACUCACGACGGCUUCAACUACAAGUACGACAUUUCACUUCCUGUGGAGCAGAUCUACCACCUGGUGACGGACAUGAGGCAGCACUUGGGAAACCGGGCCAAGAGUGUGGUGGGAUACGGGCAUGUUGGCGACGGAAACAUCCACCUGAACGUCACGUCUGCUGCCAGGGACCCCGCCCUCCUGGCUGCCAUCGAGCCUUUUGUUUACGAGUGGACAGCCAGGCACCACGGCAGCAUCAGUGCUGAACAUGGACUGGGCCUGAAGAAGAGGAACUACAUCCACUACAGCAAGUCGAGCCAAGCUGUGGCCCUCAUGGGCCACAUCAAGACCAUGCUGGACCCCAAAGGGAUCCUUAACCCAUACAAGACUUUACCAGAUCAUCUACGAUGAUUUUGGGGUAACAGACCUUUAUCCUUGACAUAUGAUUUGUGACUGAUUUCCUUUUCCUGGUGUUUGUUGUUGUGCAAUAGAAAAAAUACCAGAUUUUCUUUUGUAAAUAGUUAACUAGUUCAGUGCUGUUCAACUAAACUGCUCAGGGGGACACAGCAGCUGAUCAUACAAUAAUUAGUCAUUCUGUAAGUUUAAUUUAAAAUCGAAUUUGAUCUUAAAUGAGCUCACUGGCAGAGUUUUGUAUUUCUGUCCUUGAUCAUUUAUAUGAUUUAAAAAAUGUUUCUUACAUUUAUUUAAAAUUCAGUAUUAGUUUGAAUGGUGGGCCAGACUGAGCUUACCUACAGGCCGGGAGUGGCCCGCAGACUGCCAGUUGAAAAGUCCCUGAAGUGCAUGUGACAUUAAUUUUUUUGUAAUAAAUAGAAACAUUAAUGGACAGAGAACAUUGAAAACAAAAUU